AUACCCGAUCUCAAAUCGCCACUAGCUUAGUUCCUUUAAAGUGCCUCAAUCAAAAUUGGCCGAUAACAAACUCGAAACCCGAAACGCCAGACCGCCAUCUACCACCCUUCAAGUGAUAGUGAACCGUGUAAUCAGAGUACCUGAAACCGGUGAUAAGAAACGAGUCAUACGAGGAAAAAAAAUACCAGUCAACGCAACCGCGGGCUUCCAGUCUGUGAGCGGAGGCAGUUUACUUACAGUUCAACUACGAUGAGUAGUCCGGCCAAGGCGAAACCGGAUAUCGAAGCGUCGGCCGGCGUACGUCGAGUGGUGGAUUCUAACUUUCUCGCGGCGAAGUCGGUUCGCGAAGGAACUCCUCCGAAGAGUUUCGAUGAUGGGUGUAGCGGUGAGUUGGUGUCAAGUGUUAAAGUACUCGGUGAUGCAGCAGCUUCCGGUGCGGAGUCGACCACUGAGGAAGGUCCUAAGCCGAAGCUGAAGAAGCGCAUUAUCAGGCGGAUUGUCAGGAAGAAGAAAAUUGUUCCCAAGAAGGAUGAGAAAUUCUAUUUGCGGACGGCAUUUGACCUAUUGGACCGAGAUCAGGAUGGCCACGUGACACCCGAGGAGCUGCAGUUUAUGCUGCGGAACCUGGGCAUUCACGUGCGUGACGAGCUCAUCGAUGACCUGCUGCGGGAAGCCAGUCGAACAGGCAGUGGACUGAUAGACGAAACCGAGUUCCUCCAGUGGGUUGCACGCAUUCAGGCACUGACGGAAGAAAGCACAAGCAGCAGCAGUAGUAGUAACAGUGCUACCCAGGCAGCCGACGAUGACCUCACACAGGAUCUGGUAGCGGCAUUCAGGGUAUUUGAUCGCGACGGAAAUGGAUACAUUACCCGCGAUGAACUCAAGUCAGCGAUGGAUAUGAUCGGCGAAAACGUGACAGAGUAUCAGCUGAACGAGAUGCUGGAGCUAGCGGAUGCUGACAAGGAUGGCAGGAUCAACUAUGAAGAAUUUGCCCGGUUAUUGCUGUAAAGUGCAACUUAUGUAUGGUAAGGACAGAAACAAUGACCGAAGAGCAACAGGACGAAGCAGAAUCAAAUGACGCCACUGCAAUGGCCGCAACAAAUCCGUAUCCUGCGAUGAUUCGGCCAUCAAAAGCAGAGAUGCAAGUGUUCGACAUUUUUCAUUUCAUUCUCUUUUUUCCUGGCUCUCGCUUGACUUUCAUUAAACUAUUAUGCAUUAUACUCGUAGUACAUACAUUUUUAGCAAUAUAAUGUGAGGAUAUUUCUAGUUUAUUACCAAUUUUACAGCGCGAGAUCUAUAAUAAGCAAGUUGAUAGUGGAACACGCAAAGCGAAGCAGUGUUUAGUUUUCAAUGUGCUGAUAGUUAUUUAGCUGCAGAUUGAGUACUGCGCUUAAUCGAACAAGAGUGUAUGAAUAGUUAGCUUAGUGUUGUUAUUUUUAUAUUUCGUUUCCAAUUUUUGUUUGUUUGAUUGUUGUUGUUAACACUAUAACAAGAAAUGCAGCUAAAUGCACUAUAAAUAUCCCAAACAUUAAACAUAAAAUCACAAAAAAAAAUCCAGUUUACCUUACUAUGAAGGUUAAAAAUAAUAUGGUAUUUGAGGUUAUGUUUAAAACAAAACUUGUACAAAAGCGUUUUUUCCAUUUCUUCCAAAUAUUUCUCAUGACAAUUCUGUACGACUAACCCACAUGUGACUUCUGUCGCACUGAUGGCUCAUACUGGCCACGUCUGUUUGUGAGUGAACUAGUUAAGUUCAGUUUUUUACUCAAUUAAAACCCAACAACGGAGCAAAUGUGGGAAAAGCAUAUACGUUUACUGCUACUAAAGGAUAAUGAUAUAAACCAAUAUUGAAUCUAACUUAUAAGACACAAACACCUAGGAUUCGGUCACCCAUAAGACAAGGAACACGCAAAAUGCAUCAGAAAUACACAGAACAAUAGCAUUUUCCAAGCAUCGGUCGCACAAGAUUAUCAAGGCUCAAGAUACCUAUCCUACCUACCGAAGAAACAUGUAAAUGUCUUUUAAAAUCAUAUAAACCAUCUAUUGAGCUACGAAAGAUGAAUGAGGUAGGUAAUGUUGGACUUUGCGUUUCGGAUUCUCCUCAUCAGUAACUGGCACAUGUUAGACACUACAUCCAAAAAGUUAGCGUCCUGUUUUAAGUACAGUUGCUCUGGUUUAAUGGUGAGAAAUCGGAACCGAAAUUCGAAACGCAAAAUUCAACUUUAUUUAAAUUAGGUCCAUGAAUUUGGUUUCCUUUAUGAUCGAUGAUUUUUUAUCGAUUGCGCCUAAAAACUAGAAAAAAAUGUGAUUUUCCUUUUAAAAAUAUUUCUUCAGAAUAAUUGUAUUUUUUCCAGUUACUUUAGGCUAUAAUCAAAUAUAUAAAUUGAUUUUCCCCUUUCAUAGUUUGAUGAACGUUUUAUAUUAUUCAAAACUUUUGUCUCUUUGCUCACUAAUAAAUUUUCUCUGUUCACAUAAACAAGCACUCUAACUAAUAGUUUCCAGCAUAUUAAGCGGAGUGUUUGUUUCUAAAUCUAAUCUUUCUAACCUUGAACAGAUACCAUUGUUGUCUAUUAUAGCUCGUGAGUAUUUGGUUUAUGCGAAAUCACCAGUAUUCAAGGGAUACAGUCGCGAUUCGCUGGUUGGCCACCUUUUUAACUGGAGACCUUUUUAGUUGGACCUUCGCUAGUUGGACCAUUGUCCAAGUUAAAAGCAUCUGAAUGCCAAAAUUUCAUGUUAAAUUUACUAUGACAAACAAUCUGAUAGUAAUUAGAAAUUUGAACAGAUGCAUUUACAUUGCUAACGUCUUCUUUGGAGAGUUUUUGAUAUCUGUCAGUCUGUCCAACUAGCGAAUCAAAUUCGCUAGUUCGACAGAGGCUGUUACCGACCCGACCAGCGAAUCACGACUGUAAUGGAAUAAUGUAGAGGCGAACAGCUGAUUUAAUCUAGAUCUGAUUAAACAGUAUAAUGCAUUGCAAGUUUCUUUCAGAUUGAAUAACGUGUUUAAUUUUAACGUUCUUUGUAAUUAUAGUUGUCAUUCACUGCUUGGAACAACAGACAAAUGUCAAAAACUCCAAAUGGGAUGUUACUGGUGUAGAUGUAACUGCUCACAUCUCCAACUGCUGCAGAUUGGAUUGAUAAAGAAAAUUUGCCAUUGGAUUUUUACGUUCAGAUGCUUUAUAGUUGGACAAUGAUUAAAAAGUUCAUUUACCAGUUAAAAAGUGUCUAUCCUGCGAAACACAACUGUGUAUUGUAAUGGUGUAUUUUCUCGUAAGCUCGUAUAGUAAGCCAAAUGAGCUAGGCACUGUUGCGCAUUUCAUAGCUAAUUUGACUAUAACAGAGGUAUUAAAUUUAUAUUAGGGUCAAAUCGUCUGAGUGUUCUGUGCACAUAUUUACUACAACCCAUGGAACAAAUGUUGCAAAAGGACAGAGACGAUUCGACUUGAAUGUGUACUUUUAUAAAAAAGAGUGCUCCCUUGGGUGAUAGUCCAAUCUAGCGUGAAAUGAACAAUAACAUUUGUUUGCUAUUUUCUGUUGAUGCAUAUGUGAUAAAUAUGCAUUGACUUGUUCUGCCAUGACCAACAGCUCAUUUGAAUCCAACAACCGUAUCCGCUUCUGGUUUUUAGCUUACUCGCUCCUCAAUCAACUUUACUAGAGAAAAAAAAAUUUAGUGGUAAAAUUACCGUUGUCCGUUUUUCACGAACCAUCUGUAUCACAAAACAAAAACAGCAAUUUAUACUCACAAUAAAAUGAUGCUUAAACAUAACCUCACUGAUAAUAAAUCACAUAAAUCCAAAACAAUUAAAUACAUACAUGUAGUCACCCUUCUUAAAGUCAAACCGAGCAAGUUAAAACCUUCCAAUGUUGAAAAACAAAUAAAAAUAUUUAGAGCGUCAAAUAUCGCAAAUGUCAAUGAAAGUGACAGAACAAAUAACUAUUGGCAUCAAAUGCAGAAGAAGACCGAACAAUUACUAUAAAUGAACAUUAACACAAAGAUGUAAGUAGACGCUAUAUAUAGUCAUGUUAUAUAAACCUAGUUGCUGUUGAUAAAAAAACAAGAUAGCAAAAAUAAUAUUCCUGAUUGUAAUUAUUGGAUAUAUCUGCUUUUUAUACACGGGCAUAUUGGAAACAGAAACUAACAAACGGCUGCAGGCCUACUCGAUUGAACAUUGACGCAGGCGCUCAAUCAAAAUGCAAUCAAGGUCGAAUUGGGUUUCAAAACAAUAAUACAAAAAUAAACUGAUUAAAUUGACUGAUUUUUACGCGUAAAACAAAAGGAUAAACUUUUUAAACACGAGAACGGAAUUUAUAAUUCUAUGCAGUGAACAAAAUAUAGUAAGAAUCACUGACAUAUUUUAGAAGGAUUGUUUAUUCAAAUCGUAACAAAUACGUGAGCUUUACAAAUAUUAGGCUGAGUGCUUCAACUCUUAAACGAAAUCCCAAGAACCAACGUGCGAACACUACGGCGGGGUUGCUAACCUCGACGGUCAUGCAUGUUUACCAGUGUUUCUAGUCUUAAAUGGCACAAUUCGCAAGGCAAUGCUUUACCAGCAAAGCCACAAGUAUGUUUAUUGAGAACUGCCAAAGGAUACCCAUUUUGAUCUUCCGCGUUUGAUAUCCCUUACUAAGCGAGCAAUCCCUAGUAAAACAAUCUCUUACAAAAUGAACAUCGUUUGAUAAUAGCACCGAAAAUUGAAUAGGGACGAUGACAAUUGCAAAUCGGACAGCACUGCAUAGGGAAAAAGCGCAUAUUAAUUGGCGAUUUGCGGCAAAGCUAAAAUUAGUCAUGCGACACCUAUAAUUCAGCUCAUGAACUGGUAAAGUGAUACAGUUUGUUUUUUUACCCGCAAGUGAGUCGUAGCUUACAACAAAAACUUCAUUUUCUUCUCGGAAAAAGCUUACGACUGCCAAAAUAUGAAUAAAACGAGUAAUAAAUUUAGUUUAUUUGCAAUUAUUUUUAAAAUUACAGCCAUUUGCAAUUAUUUGGCUCAUACAUUUCUUCGAAAUGUAGUCGCGGUAUUAUUGUGGUUAUAAAAAAUCGUUCCAUAAAUAAAGUUCCAACUCGAAACCGAGACCCAAUCAGUACCAGUGUCAAACUCCUUCAUAUUUUCGACUACGUACGAGAUUCUGUGAAGUCUAUCAGAGAGAAGUAUCGGCUUGUGUAUGAUACAAAGCUGACACUUUCCUAUUAGCUAUAUAUAUUGUUUCCUCGCGUCAUUUGGAGAGUUUACACCAUCUCAUGAAGGUUUAGCUUAACUUAGGAGGAACGGGAAAUGAUGUUGUGGCGGCUACGGUGAUCAACAAAUUACAUUUCGGAACAGCAUACAUAUAGCUUUGCGAAUAAUAUUAGAAACCACUAUAUUUUACACAAUUUUCGCAAGAUGUUUACUCAUCAUCUUAUAAAAUGAAGGUUUUUCUUCAUUUUCAUAAACAAUUAUCAACAAAUGAUCGGUGAUUUGGUGUUUAAAAGUUAUUUUUUACCAAUGUUUACAGAAAAUAUAUGCACUAUGACAGAACAGAAUCAAAUCAGCAACACUUUGCUUCCAGCGCUAUCUGUGAGCGGUUUCAACCUAGAAUCACCAAUAGGUUUGAUGGUUUCGUUUUCAUUUUUCCCGUACCCCAGAAAGGGAGCUUGGAAAAGCCUGUCUCGGCUUUACUAAGACCAAUUCGAGGUAGGUAUGUUGGUUGAUAUUCACUCCCUCAGGAACAAAACCCAACGGAGUUCGACCAUUGUUGGUAAUUCCUGCCCGUACCAUACCUGAAGCAGGUUUUUGUCGGCGAGUUACCAGUAAAUCAGCCGAAUUUUUUAGCGAUUUUUUCCAGUAACCAUGCGUAAAUAAAACGUCCAGGUUUUACUUUGCUGCCAGUUUCUGUAGUUUUUAAAUCGUGUAUGGCUUGAUAUUGAGCUUGUUUUUCAAUAUUCGACGAACAUUUGGUUCGAAUAUUUUGAAAUCUUCCACCUAUUAAUUUGCACUGCGCGAGGACUUCUUUGCAAACGCUUUUUCAAUUUUGUAACAUUAGCAGAGGAUGUAGCGGUAGCCUGACGUUCUUUGAUAGAACCGGUCUCACGACGUCUUAUAAUGGCGCGAUACACGAAGGUUCAGCACAAUUUUAAAUAAGCCAGCUCCCAAAUGAUCUCCGUGUUAGAUUUUCCUGUUGUGAACAAAGCAAUCACUGCGCAAUACUUUCGUUAUAGAUCCAUUCCCAAUAGAUUAAAAUUUAAUUUAAUGGUUUUCAAAACAAAAUCUAUACUACUAAUAAUUGAAGUAAACAAAACGACGAAGGGUUUGUCUUUUAUGUAUGACAUUGUAAUUAGGUUCUUUACUGACAAAGUUAACCUCACUUUUCUUGACAGUUCACUUGUACUGUUUACAUGGACUUAGAAAAUUUUGCGGACGACUAGAUUCGCUUAAAGCAAAUCGCAAAGAAUUUUUCUAAGUCCAUGUAAACAGUACAAGCGAACUGUCAAAAAUGAACAUCGAGUUCAUUCGUGACGUCAGCGUAAAGUAUUCAAUCGCGAUCGAAAAUUUGUAGCAGUGCAAUUGCGGGACCCUGUACACAAUUUGGAUGAAUUUUCGAAAAUUCAUUCCGGAACGACUUCCCCACAGAAAAUUAGACAGUUAGGCUGUGCACGCUGACGAAGUCGACAUAAAAAUGACUUUUACUGUGAGCCGUGUUUACAAACAUGGCUUCACAGCUUAAUGGCAAUGUUGGUAAAAACGGCUCACAGUAAACUUCGUUUCUAUGUCGACUUCGUCACCGUGCACAGCCUAGUUGUGAAAUUUCCCAGUCGACCGACUAAAUGGGGUGCUUCGAGGUCGACCGAUUAGUUAACCGACUAAGUUGGGUUUCGUCGGUAAACAACAUCCGUCGGCAUAUUAAUCACCAGAUUUAAUAUGUGUAAAUCUGGUUCCAGUUUUAAACUACCAAGUAAUCGACCGACUUAGUAGGUUGAAAUAGACCGAUUUCGCAUCGGUAGACUCCCAUGUUAAACUCCCAUAAGAGUCGGUGCAACAAUCGACCGAUUAUUUGGUUGCAUAGUCGGCCGAUUGUACCGACGCAAGCCGAUUUAUUCGAUGGGAAAAUCGGGAGGAUUAUCUCAAUUUCCUUUUGAUCACUCAAUUCUAUCUAUUACCGGAAGUUGAACCCGACAGGUGAGCUCAUGCUUUUGUCGGAUUUUCUCUUGAGAUUUUUCUUUUGACAAUUCGGAAUUGACAGCACGCGGUUCACUGAGUUCAAGUUAAAAAAAACUGGAAAGAUCUCUAACCUCAUGUGCUGCGGUUGAGAAUCGAACCCAGCUGAGUUGUGUACAAACAAAUCGAUUUACCAACUAAGCUAUGGACGCCGCCAUGGAGAUUGAAUUGUCUUGAUAAAUAUUGACGAACAGUUCACAUUUUUAGCUAUUAUAAUUAAAACCCAAGAAUUUUAUGAUUUAAUACUCGAUAAAAGCAUAUUUGGACACAGUCGUUUGCGUACUACAAAUAAUUCAAACAAUAGGUGCACAAUUUAUUGAGAUUAUAUUAAAGAUGUCCUUUAAAAUCGGAGUAUUUUGAAUAUUCAUCAUAUCGUCAUAUUCUGAUGUGGAAAUAAUAUUUAUGCUGUGUUUGUAUAUUAAACACAUUAAAUUUUACAUGGUUUUGAUAAAAUUGUUUUCAAAUAAAUUGCUUGUAUUAUUGCAACAAUCUCUGUUAGUAUGUAUGUAUGUAAUGUAAUGUAAUGUAAUGUAUGUAAUCGACAUCAUCCGCAACAAAUGACCGUCAUUUUUUAACUUUUUUAAUUGCAUAAAAGUUGAUUAUUUUCACAAAUAAAUGUUUGGUGUUGUAAACACAGCUCAUCAAUACACCAUGUUACUUGGGAUGUAUGUGAAUAGUUGGAAUGGUGUCACCAAUAAGAAUGGUAUUCAAUCAUCAUUGUCCACAUGUGAGCAGAAGAUCUAUAAUAGCCUUUAGACAAAAUUUUCCUAUUCAGAAAGGGUUCGAUUCAUAGUCGCGAUUUGGCGUAAUGUGCUGUCAUGUCCGAGGUGUAAUUUUAAUCAGCCUCAAUUCUUAUUUCCUGGUGCAAUUAUCUGUAAUUCAAAUAACUAAUAUGACAUUUAACAACGUUUGAAAAAUGAUUUGUGUUAUCAAACACUGAUUUCCAUUGUAACUACGCAAACGAAAUGUUGUACUAUGAUCGACUUUAAAUAAGAAAAUACCCAAGUUUCUUUUCUAGCCCAACAGUAGACUUGAGUGACUUGAGCAAAAAAAAGACGCAAAAUACUUGUAUUUUUCGAAACAUUUUCAUGUAAGUUCUAACGUGUAUUACGUUUUCAGCUUCUAUUGAAUGUCUAUCCAACCAUCUAAGCAAAUAAAAUAAAUGCUAAUUGAAAAACAUAGUGCUAGAAAAUGGCGAGUUAUAUAACGAUACUAACCAAAAUAUUGUCAGAAAGGAUAUUUACAUUUUUAUGAAGUAAAGUUAGAUUCGAUACCUAACAAGUAGCAGACCGAAUCGAAAUAGACACACAGUUUGGCUUCCUUUCAAUAUUGGCUUCGUGAAUGUCGACCUAGUUAUUUACCUACACCAUCUACCGUUGGAUACUAACAUUGACCACCAGAAACCACCACUUAUCUGAACACAACAACUAGGAAAAAUCAGAGCAAGGGAACUGCGGAGAGGUAAAUAGCAUUGUUGACAAAUACCGAAAUGUUGUAUGGCAGCACGUUCGAAGUUCUCAGGAUCAACAGUUGCUCAAUUAGAUCCCUUUUUAACAGCUAAAAACGAAUCCAAAUGAUCAACAAUAGUCUCCGAAGUUCUCUUUUUGUGACUUCCUUUAGUUAAACCAUUCCUAAAUCGGUGCGAAAUUCUGAAUGUUUUCUAAAUAAACUCCAGCUCAAAUGCCAACAACCUAUUCCGUAACAAAGUGAGUCAAAAUCGGUUGCUUCAUUCUAGCUUUAGAAUUCCGAACCUAUUUACGGAUGGUUUGACCAAGAAUGAUCCUAUACACCCAAACCCCGACGAUAAUUAGUGACCCUACAAUAACGAGAGCCGCUGAGCAAUGCAAGACUAGAAUAACAUAAAUUUCACAAGGUAACAGUGAACAGAAGUCAUUUAAAAUCUAAAAAAAUAAUAAUAUUGUGGCCUUUUUUGUCAGUCGAAGCAACGCUGAAUUAAGCCAAGCUGCACAGGAAUACAAAUCAAAUAAAUAUAUUGUUACAUUUUAUUAUAUUAUCGCAGCGUUUUCGCCGGAUAAGUUAUUACAUUUCAUUUUAUCGAUCUUUUUUAUACGAUUUGAAUAGAUGCGUGCAUACACAUUGAAUAAUUAUUGCCAUUUAGAUUAAUGCUAAUUUCUCACAGUAAUAUGGAUAGUCGCGAUGACAUGUAUUGUAAUUGCAAGACUCUGUGACAUGUGGUAAUCCCAAAUGAUAUGCUACAUUGGUAAGAAAAAAGAAAGCAGAAAAACAUUAUAGAAACUAGCUAAAUAAUGAAAAAAAUGUAAAAAUAAAAGCAAAAUAUAUUGUUUAUUGCAGUUACUGUUAAAAAUACUAGCAAGAAUGAUUUGCAAAUAUAUGAGAGGAGCAACUAAAAGUAAAAGGAAAAUCACCAAACUGUUUGCUCUGGACACAUAUAGUUAUAUACAGUGCUGUCGUACGAAUAAUCUCUUCGAAAACAAUACGAAGCAGCACAAUGUGAAGUCCCAAUGAGAGGAAUAGUCAUACAUUAAUAAACAAAGUUAUUUUAAACGUUA